CCGCGGCGCGCCGAGACUUCAGCCCGCGCCCGGUGGCAGGCUUCAUCAGCGUUUUCUAGAUGUUUGGAAAGUUCUGACACCCACCCUGCUGGAGUACUUGUAACCAGUGCCUAAGACCACGAAAACAUGUGUGGAAGAACCUUUCCCUGAAGGAAGCAUCCAUCUCAACAUUGUGGAAGCACUGUACCAGCCUUGCAAGGCAAGAGAGCAACUUGUGCUUGCAUUGACGCUCGUGUGUAAUCUCUGCUUCUUAUGCACUCCAGCACCCCUAUCAGUUCCUUGUUCUCCUUUACCAGCCCUGCAGUGAAAAGGCUGCUGGGCUGGAAACAAGGAGAUGAGGAGGAAAAGUGGGCUGAAAAAGCUGUUGAUUCCUUGGUGAAGAAGUUAAAGAAGAAAAAAGGUGCCAUGGAAGAACUGGAAAGGGCUCUGAGUUGCCCGGGUCAGCCCAGUAAAUGUGUCACCAUCCCACGUUCCUUGGAUGGGCGGCUGCAGGUCUCUCACCGCAAAGGCCUUCCCCAUGUCAUCUACUGCAGAGUGUGGCGCUGGCCUGAUUUACAAUCUCACCAUGAGCUGAAACCGCUGGAAUGUUGCGACUUCCCGUUUGGUUCAAAACAGAAAGAAGUGUGCAUUAACCCCUACCAUUACAGGCGGGUGGAAACCCCAGUCUUACCUCCUGUACUUGUCCCAAGACACAGCGAGUUUAACCCUCACCUCAGCCUCCUUGCCAAGUUUCGAAACACUUCUCUGCACAGUGAGCCGCUGAUUCCACGCAAUGCCACCUAUCCUGAUUCUUUCCAGCAUCCUCCGUGCACCCCUUUUCCAUCAUCACCCAGCCACAUGUUCUCCCAGUCACCUAACAGCAUCAGCUACCCCAACUCACCAGGAAGCUCUUCUGGACUAGGAAGUCCCUAUCAGCUCACAGUGGAAACUCCACCCCCACCUCACCAUGCAAGAGAACCUCCAGGAAACCACAAUGGGCAGUCAAUGGAUGCAAUAGCUGAAAGUCAACUAGUGCUGUCUUUGCCCAAUGGAGGUAAAUCUGCCGAUGGAGAAGCUGAAAACUUUCGUCCUGUUUGCUAUGAGGAACCCCAACACUGGUGCUCUGUUGCCUACUAUGAACUUAACAACCGGGUAGGGGAGACUUUCCAGGCUUCCUCUCGAAGUAUCCUUAUAGAUGGAUUUACAGAUCCCUCCAAUAACAAAAACAGGUUCUGCCUAGGACUGCUAUCAAAUGUAAACCGCAACUCUACUAUAGAAAACACCAGGAGACACAUAGGAAAAGGUGUUCAUCUUUACUAUGUUGGUGGGGAAGUUUAUGCUGAAUGUGUCAGUGACAGCAGUAUUUUUGUGCAAAGCCGCAACUGUAACUAUCAGCAUGGGUUCCACCCAGCCACUGUCUGCAAGAUCCCCAGUGGCUGCAGCCUCAAGAUCUUCAACAACCAGCUCUUUGCCCAGCUGCUUGCCCAGUCAGUCAAUCAUGGUUUUGAAGUGGUGUAUGAGCUGACCAAGAUGUGUACUAUUCGAAUGAGCUUUGUUAAGGGCUGGGGAGCAGAGUAUCAUCGCCAGGAUGUUACAAGCACACCCUGCUGGAUUGAGAUUCACCUUCAUGGACCAUUGCAAUGGCUGGAUAAGGUGUUGACACAGAUGGGCUCACCUCAUAACCCUAUCUCCUCAGUCUCUUAAGAAUCAUCUCUAGAAUUCCCUUAGAAUGGAUGCUAUUGCAGGCAGUGGCUUAUAGAAUUUCUAGUGAACAGGAGCUUCUAUAUGUAGGUGUAUGUAGAUGUAAAUAUAUCUAUACAUAGUCUACUCUUUUUUUUUCAUGUUACGUUUUAUGGUUUCUAGUUACUCUGAUGCCAGUACAGUAAGUUUAGAAAUUCAGGUAUAGCAUAUCUGUUCUCUAGUACAAAAUAAGCCAAAUUCCUGCAAAAGCGUCAGUCAUUUCCUGUGAGCAUCUUCAUUCCCCAGUCAAGCCAGUAAAUGUUGCCAAUUCUCAGCACUUCCAUGCAGAUUCAGAAACCUGGCUGUAGCUGUUCCUAGUAGGUGAAAUUCACCCCUUUGCAGGCAACCAAAGUCAGUUCUCUGCACCAUUUAUAUCCAAUUUACAUCCUAAUUUCAGGUCUAGAAGAGGACCUUAGGUGGUGCACAGGACUUAUGCAUAGAGAUUACUUUUUUCCACUGAACUGAAGGACUGUACUGCAAUUCCAGUCUAUCUCCCUACUGCAAAGUACGAUGGGACAACAGAUCCUGUGAGGAGCUGAGGCACCCGUCUCCCCUGGGAUUUGGCAGGAGGAGAGAGUCCUUGGGACAUGUUCAGCACUGGAGCCUUAUCAGAGCAUUCUGGACACAGCUGAGUAGUCUGCUACUGUUAGCACAGCAGGGUACGGUACUGCUGCACUGAAAAGCAAUGAGCUCGUAAAGAAAGAAGAAAAAGUUUGAAAUAUAUGCCUAUAAGUUUAAACAGUAAUUAACUUCCAGUGCUUCUUUGCAAAGUACAUACAUGCUUGCAUAUGUAUCUGGCAUGUAAAUGGAAUCCUAGCCAUUAUACACUAUUGAUGUAGUUUGUUUUAAAGUUAGGACUGUCUGUAGUUAGACUGCUGUGCUGAUAUCAAGGGUACGUCUAAAAGGGACUUGAACUGUGAUUCAGAAAAGAUUUGGCUUUAGUGCAGUCCACACAUGCAUCUUAUUAAAAGUAGUCACCUUCAUACUCCCUUACUAGAAAGUCAAGAGGCAUUUCUGGAGAGCAUGAUCCUUCUGACCUGUUGAAAAUGUCUGCAUUAGGGUGACAUGACUUUCAGCAAAUUUAACUAUUGGCUGGAAGUUUGAUCAAAAGCACCUGAUUCCGGGCAAUCAAAGCCAACAGCCAUGUCAGUUGUUAGCAUUUGGGAUGACUGGUAUCAUUGUACUACUACAAUACACUGUGAUCAUUUGGUAUCACUGUGUGAACUCUUUUCUGUUUUGAUGGUCUCUAGGGCCUCACUGCAUGGGAUGCUGUGCAUGCACACAGCACCUGGCAGCUCCUUCCCAAGAGAGGGGGAGAGCUCUCAUGAGGAGGGGGGAAAUGGUAACAGUGGAAGAAGCAAACAAGUAAAUCGGGAGAUGAUCUCUGCCAAGAUGUAGUGAGAAAAAGUAAGGCAAAUCAUGAAAUAUUGGGAACACCAAGUAAACCAUUUCUUUCCAUUUAUUUUUGAACAAAGUCUCUCUUACAGGUUUCUCUACUGUGUGAUUUGAGAUCAGUUAGAAUUCAGGUUUCUCAUAAUUUACAGCAGUGGAACUUUGUAUCUCACAUUAAUGUCUACCCAUUUUGGGAAGAGAUACUUUCUGCUGAAAGGUCUUCAUGAACCUGUCAACCUGUAGUCAAUUUAAAGCCUUUAAAUGCACUUAUUAAUACUGAAGCUUUUCCUGAGAGAUUUAAAACCACUUAAAAUGAGACUACUUGGUCAAAGGCAGAUUUUUUAAAAUGUUUUUUUGAGCCAUCAGCAAUUCAAAGCCCCUUGAAAGUUUCUGUGGAGAAAUACUGUGCAUCAGCAGGCAGCGGGGGAAAUUUGAUCAGGUAGUGGCAUUAAGCACAUUGGUCGUGGUACAGAGACUAGUUGUUUUUCUAUUAAGUAGCCAAGAGAAGACUGAUUAACUGCUGCCAGUUCUUCAGCAGCACCAGUAUGAAUGUGCCAUUUGCAUCCAGCGGUGACAGAAGGACACCUGUCACAUUGACUGCAUGGAGUAAGCACGUCACGUUUCAGUGUUUUUUUGAUGUUAUAGUGUGUGUGACAUCUUACUAAUUCACAAUUAUGUCCAUGAGAUACCUUGCAAACAAGAGAGCAAUGGAACAAACACAUUGAUGAGCAGAGAUAAUGCACGUUCAGAUAAAUUUUAUUUGCUUACUCAAGCAGUUGGGAGUUUCUAAUUACUUAUGAUACUUCCCAAGUACAAGUGAAAUGUACCACAGCAUACUUUCUUGCAGAUAAUUCAGUUACCAAUUUAACCCCUCAUUUCAGUAUUGCCUCUGUGAUAUCAAUUGGGUUGAGAAGUGAGACAAGAAUGUGAAAAACAGGCCUUUUUUUGUGGAUCAGUGAAGCCAAAAGGUUGCCAACUUCUCUAGUCAGGGGGCCAAAAUGGUGGAUUUGAGCAGGGUGGUUUUUUAUAAGUACAAGCCAUCACAGUCUGGUGCAGAAAAGAGUCGUGAGUUACACAUAGAUUUGAUAGUGUCACUUCUGUGAACAAUUCUGCCCUCUCUGUCCCAUCAGAAUCAAAGCAAAAUGUCUGCACCAGCUGGAUGAAAGUGUCAUUCAUAGUUCGUGAAAUCCCGUAAAACAGUGUAGAUCACUAUAGAGAACACUAUUUGGACUCUUGCCUCUCUUGAGAAUGAAAAAUCUCAGACAUACUUAGUUCCAGGAGCCCGAGAGAUCAGGGCAGCUCAGAAGUCCUCCAGUCAGCCCCAGAGUACUCCAUCCCCAUGCACUGUCAUACCAAGAUAGAUACAACCACUGCUGAUCGAGUGGACAUCUUCACAAGCAUUCCUGCUGCAUUUGAUCUGAGGCAUUCUGAAGGCAACAUAUUUAGCCUG